AAAUCACGGCAUAACUGGUUCCGUUCAGCAUCAACCGUCCCAUUAUCCUGCCCCGCGUCGUCGGCUGCGCGCGCGCAGUCGCGCCGCAGCUGCCCACAGGAUCUCACACAAGGACUAGAACGGACCAAAAGCCAAGAUGACGGUGAAGAAGCGUCCAUCGGACCUGAACAGCCUGGAGAGGUUCAACUUGUACUACAAGACCAAGGAGCCCUCGCUAACUACGGGGCAGAAAAUCAAGAGGUACAUCUGGAACCCGAAAACGAGGCAGUUCUGCGGCAGGACUGCGGGCAGUUGGUCCAAGAUAGCCUUAUUCUACUUCAUCUUCUACUCCGCUCUCGCCAUCCUGGUGGCCAUCUGCAUGUGGACGUUCCUUCAGCUCCUGGACGCGCGGCAGCCCAUGUGGCAGCUGGAGAAAAGCAUCAUCGGCACCAACCCUGGGCUGGGCUUCAGACCCACACCCUCGGAAGUGGCUAGUAGCGUCAUCUGGUAUAAGGGGAACGAUGUGGGCACCCAACAGUUCUGGGUUAAAGAGCUGAAGAAGUUUUUGGAAGCUUACAAACGAGACAACAAGAAAGUGGGCGCGGGACGCAACACACACACGUGCGACAAACAACCACCUCCACCAGGAAAGGUGUGCGACGUGGAUAUAAACGCCCCAGCUUGGUUCCCCUGCGUGGAGUCAAACAGCUUCGCGUACAACAAGUCCACACCCUGCGUGUUCCUCAAGCUAAACAAAAUUUAUGGCUGGAAGCCACGUUACUACAACAGCUCCGACCAUCUACCCAAAGAUAUGCCCGAGGAUCUGAAGAGUCAUGUCAGGAAUAUGACGGCGUUUGAUAAACAAAAUCUCAACAUGGUGUGGGUCUCAUGCCAGGGCGAGAACCCAGCCGACCGUGAGAACAUCGGUCCCAUCCAGUACCUGCCUAAACGAGGGUUCCCGGGAUACUACUUCCCUUACACCAACCAGGAUGGAUAUCUUAGCCCGCUGGUUGCUGUGCAUUUUAUGAGACCGAAAACUGGCACAUUGAUCAACGUGGAGUGCCGUGCGUGGGCGCACAACAUAAAAUAUGACCGCCACGAGGGCAUGGGCUCCGUGCACAUCGAAAUCAUGAUCGAGUAACUCUAAAACUAAACAUCCAGUACCAUUAUGGAGGCAGGAGCACAUCGAAAUCAAGUAGAUACACGUCAAGUAACUUGAGGAAUUCAUGGCCUCCAUGGACAGAUCGAUGUCUACUGACAUCGCACAAAACCUAGUGCAUCAACUCUAUAGUAUGUACAGUCAAGGCGUUUAAUAUCGAAUAAGUAUACAUAUUUUUGGCACUUUGUCCGCAUCGAUAUUUAAUACCUUGACUGUACCAUCACGAGGGCAAGGGUACAUGACACUGACAGACUACACAGGAACAGCACCAUGUACGUCUCCAUAUCAAUGGGCUUAGCGCAGGAGCGCAGCGACAAAAUCUAGGCCGCGAGACUACCCGUCCUUUUCUAGCUAUAUUAAGUAGAGAGGGAAGGUUAGUCUAUCUCGCGGGCGAGAUACUGUCGAGCACUCCUAUGCUAAACUUACAAAUCUCACCGAGAACAAAGCACAUCAAGAUUAUGAUCGAUUUCGCUUCGCUUAUUUUCAAUUUCAAUUUCAUUUUACGAGUAUUUAGAGACCAACUGAGAUCAUUCUUAGAUAUUGCGACUGAUUCAGUAAUUUAUAUCGAAAUCAUAAGUCUUUUAAACAUUUAUAUUCAAAACUUUCAAGCCACUUACAGAUGUACAGCCACGUCUGAAACAUCGACACGAUCGUAGUGCCAAAAAUUUGUAUACACGACUUUAUAGCCCAUGGCCAUAUAUUAGGGUAGUGUAUACAUAUUUUUGGCACUUUGUCCAAAUCGAUAUUUUCAGACGUGACCGUACACCAGACUGUAGGUGGCUUGAAAGCUGUAAAAGUCGCAAGUACAUAGUCACGACAAACAAAAUGAAGAAGACCAAAAGCGCUCACUCCAUACAACGGUUUCGUUAUCAAGAAUACUAUCAUUUUCGUAGUCUACAUCUAGCACCAAGUAGCGGAACUCUCAGUACUGCUACUCGACAAUAUAUGUCGCGGCAAACAAAAAGUCUAAUGCUCAACGAUUUUCCGCUAAUAUUAUAAACAGAGUAACCGGAACUCUAUUUUCAACUCCUACGCUUACUCUGGUUAUAAUAUUAGCGGGAAAUCGUUGAGCAUUAGACUUUUUAUUUGGCGCGAUAUCGCUCGCCGUCGGCAGGGAGUUCACCCUCACACCUUAGAACCUAAAUGGUCGCGUACUGUGCGGUUCAAGAGGAAUUUCCUCCCGUGGACGCUCCGGCUGUGGAAUGAGUUCCCUUCUGAGGUUUUCCCGAGGGUCUACAGUAAGGGGUUCUUCAAAAAUGGAGUGUACAGGUUUUUAAAGGGUCGGCAACGCGCAUGUAACACCUCUGGAGUUGCAGGCGUCCAUAGGCUGCGGUGACUGCUUACCAUCAGGCAGGCCGUAUGCUUGUUUGCCACCGUCGAAAAAAAAAUGUCGAGUAGCAGUACUGAGAAUUCCGCUAUUUGGCACUAGAUGUAGACUACGAAAAUAAUAGUAUUCUUGGUAACAAAAUCGUUGUAUGGAGUGAGCACUCUCUUCUUAAUUUUCUUUGGCUUACCUAAUCAAAUGUUAUUUAUUUCAUUCCUUUUCCAUAUAUCUCAUUUUCUCACAGACAGCUGCCACC